UAAUAAUAAUAAUAUUAUCAUAAUAAUAAUAAUAUUAUAAUAAAAAUAAUGUUAUAAUUUUAUUAUUCUUAAUCCGCGAUUGUAACUCUUAGUACGUAACCAUCAACCCAACCGAUCACGUAUUAAAGGUCGAACCUAAAUCUAAAUUAUCGGGGUGUUACAGAUAGCUUGUAUGCUACCGAUAAUCGAGGGACGCAUGGUUAGGAGAGGGGGGAGCUUGCCUAUAAAAUGCCUUCCUUAUAUAUUCUCUCACUCGUUCAUUACCCAUAGAUUUACUUUUCUCAUAGCAAAUAUUCAAAGAUAUUUGGCUCACUCUUGAUUGUGUUGCUCGCAAUAUUAUCAGACUGUCUGUGGAUUGGAUAUUUCUCACGGGAAAGGAGGUUGAGAAUAAGGUCUGUUUAGGCCAUAAGAUAAAUUUUUGUGUCGAGCUGCAAUAUAAGGUGUUUGGCUGAUGAAGAAAAUUGUUGAAGAAAAAACAAAGGCGAAGAAGAAAGUGGUUAGCAACAACUACUAAGAACAAACAAAAUACAAGCAGAGGGAAACAUCUGCAAGGUCCACAAUAAGACUAUACACAAAGCAAUAGACUCAAAUGCACACCCACCAAACAAGAAACCAUAGUCGCUGGAAAGACACCAUUAACCAUCACAUGCGAACUAGUCCCUCAGACCAACCAUUGGAGACAGAACAUCUUAGGCAUGCAAACCCCAUGAACCGCAAGUGCAUGAGGGUUUAACAUCAUCGAAGCCAUAAACCAGAGCAAAAACUUAUAGCUAAACAAUUAUGCAUCCACUGCACCCCGUGUCUCAUAUCAAUAACACUUGAGUUCACAGUAAGUAGUUCUAACUUAAUGAAACGUAAUUUUUGUGGUUGUUUAUAAAUCGAGUUAAAAAGUUAUAUUCAUGUUAAGAGGAAAUAAGUCAUAAAAAAGCAAGGUUCAAAAAUGUGUUAGGCGUAAGGCGAGCGUUGAUCUUUUGCCUAGCGCCCAGCUUGUUUAGGCGUAGACUAAGCGUGCGUAGGUGUUGGAAGAAAAAUAGCUAUUCGCACUGCAUGAUGAAUGAAUUAAUAAUCUACAACACUUUCUCACUUCGGUUAAAAUGAUUAAUAACUUACUCAAUACUUAAUGUCAAGAACAUAGCUCACAAAUUCAUAGAAUCAUAGCUCAAUAGCUCACAAAUUUCUUAAACUAUUGCAAAUAUUGAUGUAGAUAAUUGAUUUUGUAGGUGAUUUUAAAUUUUCUCCUUUAAUAUUGACUUACUAGCUCAAUCUAGUAAUGUUUAGCAGAGACGUUUAUGUCGUCUUACUUUAUUGACGUGUUUUAGUAUCUAGUUAGACGCGAAAACCCUAGACGAGGCGUUUUGCCAUUACGCGCCUAGGCGUGCCUAACCGUAAGAUUAAACGUGCCUUUUUGAACCAUGUAAAAAAGUAAGGUUGUAUAAAUAAUUUGAUGCUAAAAAGAAAUUUUAAGUUGUAAAAUGUAUACUAAAAACUUUAAUUGUCAAACUUUUUUCUAGCCAGAUUUAUCAUUCGCUACAAACUUCAAGUACAAAAUCACUAUUUUCACUAGAGAUACAAUGAUUCAAGAAAAUAUUAUCAUUGUAUAUGAGGUCAUUCUCACUUCAAAUCUUCCGAGGAAGAGUUUGGAACAUGAUGCUUAUGAAAAACUGUUAAUUAUCUUGUAAUGCGGGGCUUACUUUGAUGACAUACUAACAACCGCAAGUUUCAAUUUUACAGGAAACCACUAGAUAUACCGCACACAGACAUACCAUCAAAAUUUACGAAAUAGUGGUGAAUUUUUUACUCUUCCACAAGACAUACCUCGCAUAAACAAACUUGAGACUAUGUUUCAUGGUCAUCGAUUAAAUAAUUGAAAAAUAUGGAGCAUCAAUUAGCCACUUUCAUCUCUACAAUCAAUGCAAAAUUAAAAAUGCCUUUUUCCAUUAAAGCCCAUCCGUUGCACUCGGUUUGUUGUUUCUCCUUACAUAUCCCAGGCAAACGAAAUCACGAAAUCGAAUGGUGUUUGCUUGCACACUUUGUUCAAUGGAUGUGCAGAACUUUUUGAGGUAUAUAAGAACUUUCACUACAAAUUAUCUUUUGAAGUAGCCUAUUGGUUAAUUGAAAAUCCCAUAAUGAUGCCAUCUUCUAGAGGAUGGUGGAAGCUUUUGACAAUGGAAAGGAUUCUAGCUAGUCUAGAGGAAAACCUCUUCAAACACUAUAUCUGACGUGCAUCGCAAGCGAGGCGAAUCGUUCGUUUCAUCGAUCCAGCAGGCAAUAGUCAAGAGUGUGCUUAGACAUUGGCAGCGACUCUUGUUGAGACCCUAAAUCAUCAAUAUGAUAGAUAGGUGGACAUUGAUGGUGUCAACUUUGCUUGUCGAUCAGCUUGAAUAUUGGAAGAUCUCCCUACAACUGGAUUCAAUAAAGACGAUAUCACUCAUACUAUCCCACGACGAGCCUAUUCGUCAGUACUCUGGUCUUGUUCUAUUUUUUCUUAGUCCCAUGAAACCGUUCACAACUCACACAUAUAUAGAAAGUGUAAUUUCUUAAUUGAUUGUUUGGUCUAUAGAGGUUUAUUAGUUCAUAUAUAACUUUCAAUUUAGUUUGAGAUACCGAUAUACAUUAUUAGUGACUGAAUUUCAUAUAAUUUGUACUAACCUUGAUCCUUUCAAACAACAUUUUUGGAUUUACGAGUUUACUACUGUGUACCUGUAUCCAACAAAACAUCCAGGGUCUGGUAACACAAGACAGGGCUACACUUGCACUACAAGAUUGAGGUGUUGUUAUCUUAUUCGAACAUGGUAGGUCAAUGAAUCAAUUAAAAUCGAAAUUUGCACAAUAUCCCUUUUCCCAGAGAGCAGUCAGCAACAACAGAACUGUCGCUGCAUGCCCAUCUAACCACAGGCACAACAAGUUGCAUAUUCAAGAAAAGCUGUAUGCAUAUUGGCAGGCCACAAACCUGAGCGUUGUCGACACAAUUUAAUGUACAACUGCAAGUAGAGAGCGUUAUUACUAGCCAUAUAUUAGCCCUUUUAUUUCUUCCUGUGCUCAUAUAUAUAUAUAUAUAUGGCUAAGCUGAAAAUAUAGUUUAUCUUCGAGAGUUCUGACAAAAUCUCACGCUUGAAACAGAAUGGGACGAUGCACUGGCUCUCGGUCUGCAUGUAUUGUCUCCAAAGCUGGAAUGCCAUUGAAAUGGAACAACCAGAUCUCUCUGCAUGAUAUUUAUUGUUCAGAAAACAGAAGCCUCGGUUUGCAUAUAUGCUACUCGAUUUCAGAUUUUGCAUUGAUUUAGACUUCACGGCAAGUUCAUAAUUAACUUGAAGCAUAGUUGGAAGUUCUGGGAUACAGUCUAUCGGAAACUGAAAUUGAGCUUCUGCGACUCAAAUCACGAGUUUUACUUAAUUAGCACCAACGUUAGAUUAAAUAAGCUACAUAGGAGAUGGUAUGGUAAAUUUAUUUUCAGGUUUCCAAGUAACUAGAGUUAAAAUAGAGGUGACGAGAGUUAUAGUUAGUACAAAGGUUGGAGUAUAGAUAAAAAGUUUUUUGGGUGAUUCUUCAGGAGAUUUGGAAAAUUCUCUAUACAUUUUUUUUUAUAGAUUUGACUACUCUGUAAAGAUUUUCAUAUCUUUUUGCAAAUUCUAAGUUUGCUUGCUUUUUAUCCUAUAGUUGUCUUGUGAUGAAACAACUUUGUUGCUAUCGUUGUCUCAUAUUGUCGACCGCUUCCAAAAAGCAGGUAUAAGGUAAAUGUAAGAUUGUCAUCUGAUCGACCGUUUGCCAGAAGCGAUAGAAUGUUUUUCUAAAGUGGUGAACCCCUUUCAUGAAUCGGUACAUCGGUUGCCCCCGAAAGUGAAUGAGCGGUUGCCUAAAGUGGUCUACUGAUUCUCAGAAGCAAUUUGACCAUUUUCUAUAAAUCACAAUAACUUGUCAGUCACCAUAAACAUAUCCAAAAAUUUAAUAACUUAGCUAGGUUUAUCGCUGUCAAGUUUCAACGAAAGAGGAGAUAGAUUCGCGGUUCUUGAGCAAAAGAGAUGACUUAGCUAGCUCCUUGGGGUUGACCUCUUAUUGUUUGAUCAUUGGAUUUAGAGGUUGUUUGCAUGAUGGAUUUGGUGAUGGAUUUGAUGAUGGAUUUGGACCAAUUAUGGACUUUGUGUAAACUCUAUUGUUUGCUUCAUCGAUUUAGGGACAACAAAUCCGUUGACCCCAAAGACUUUAAGGGUCCAAAUCCAUGGACCCCACAGACUUGAAAGUUCACCUCUUGGCUCUUUAUGUGAGAAUUGAUUAUGGACUUUGAAGUUCAUCAUUUAUGAGCAAACUACCAUUCCUACUAUCUUUCUCUACUCAUACCAAUUAGGACAAUAUAAGUCAAUUUCACUUCAUAUACAUACAAAUAUAAUUAACCAAAUUCAUGAUACAAACAAUGGUUAUUUCAAGUCCAUAAUAAACCCAAAAUUCUCGUAUUUUCAUGAUUUUACAAAAUCCAAAAUUUAUCAAAAUCUUCAUUUUUCAAAUUAACAAAACAAACUACCCGUUAUUUUGUUAGAUUUUGAUGUAGGCACGUCCUACCAUUCUGAUGAUUCGAGCCCAUGGGCUCUCGUUGUUUAAUGAAAAGUUAUAUAAACAUUCAAUAAAACACCCAAAUGAUACUUUUUCUGUCGGUUGUGGGGGUAAACAGUAAUGGUGCCACAAGAGACCUAGCUAGCUGGAAGAGCUAGCAUGAGACUGUGAGGAAGAGAAGAUGGAUGGGAUGGGAUGACGUUAGAAGAAGCAGCAGAGAAUCAGAGCUUCAGAAGAGUGAGCAGAGCAGAGGGUGGUAAUGGUGGGAUGCCAAAUGGGGGAAGGGGGUGAAAAGAGGGAAAGAGUCAUAGGCUGCCAAAUUAAGCUUUCAUUACGCACACCACACCUCAUCCCUGAUGUCACUCUCUCUCAGUCUAACUUAAUAACAAAUUCAUCAUUUUAUUUAUAUUUUUAUUGUUUGAUUUUGGUUUUUGCUUGUUAGACAAGUUGUGUCAGGCACUCGUUUACUGCAAAAGGGCAAAAACCCCAAAACAACACUAGUGCAGUAGCAGCUACGCACGAGCCUCUCUGCCUCUUAGAAGGAGAAAGCAUAAUAAUAGGGUUACUACUACUAGCAGACGUAGUGCAAUUGUGAGAUGAGUGGUAGUGCAUGCAUUUGCCAAUCAGAGCGAGGGAGGUAUCGUUUCAUCAUCACCACGGUCCACGUGCAAGGCAUCUUGGUACCUCCUCUUCUCUCAACUUUCUCCUCUUUCCUAUUGCCUGCCGUUGGUGGAUGGAUCAUCUAUAAAUUUGGGACUCUCCUUCAACGGAUUAGAAAAAUUUACUGUGGAUUGAAGUUUGUUUCUUUGAAGUCAUCAAUAUGAUUAAUGAUACGUUGAGAUCAAUGAGGAAUUUGCUUCUUUGUGAAGCUGGAGCCUUGGUGGAGCAAACAUCCUAAAGGGGGUUGUCAUCUCUUCUUACCGGUUUAGUGGCCGUUUGACCAGCCCUUUUAUCAAAAUGUUAUUGAAUACAACGUAUUUGUAAUUUGUAUCCCAUUUAUUUUAAUUAUUUGAACCUGCUUAAUGUUGUGUGACAUUAAGGUGAUUUCGAAAUAUUAUCAUUCAGUUUUUGAAAUCAUAAUAACCUUUCAUCGAUAACCGAACAUUGUAUUCUUAAUAAUUAUAACACUCGUGAAUAAUCAUUCCUGACAUUUAUAUUUAAUAAAUAUCUAUGGUUGAAGAAAAAUGACAUAACAAAAAAAGAAGUUCGUCUAACAAAAUGUAGCAAAAAUACCUUUAGCCAAUAUUUGUUUCUCUUGAUGUGAGAUACAUACUCAAACUUCAGUUGAAGACCAAUAUUAGUCCAUCAACAAAUAUAAUUGAACUUCUAUUGUUGUACUCAUCAUGCUAAUGCAUAUAAUAAGCACAUCAAUACAUCCAUGAAAACUUCACUCCUACUUCAUGAUUUUUGUUUUACCGUGGUUAGUUCGUAUUAAACCAGGUAACUAUAAAUGGUGCACAUGAUAGCCGAAGGUGAUUCCAAAGUGGUCGUCAACCAAGUCCGUCAAGGCAUCUCAGAAGACUCAAUUGGUGGUCCGGUGUUACGAGAGUGUCUCCAGAUCCUUAGCUCUUUGUCUGUUUGUAUAGAGUUUAGGGCGGUUCCUAGAUCCGCCAACAGUGCUGCCCAUAGAGUGGCGCGUAAAGCACUGCUUUUGUCUCUUGUAGAGCUAGAAUCUUUUGAUUUCUUGGGGUGGCUUCUUUAGAGUUUUUUAAGGGUCCUGGGUAGAAUUGUAAGCUUAACUAUUAUUUCUCAUUGAUAUCACUCAGAAAUAAAAAAAGUUUACAAAAUUUAUGCUAAAAAUCGUAUUCUUUGAAGCUCAUCCAUGGGGCCAGGGCUUCAUAUCAUGAAAUAUUCAUUGAGAAAUAAUUAGCAACAAGGCAACAAUAUCUAUAGAUAAAGAUGUUAAUGGAAAUUAAAAUAUCUCAUUGACGCUAAAUAUUAUGAUACACUUGAAGAAGCUUACAACGUAAAAUCUCUUUAAAAUGGCAUGGUUAAUAGCAAAAUAUGAGCGAAAGAAUCAUAAUCGUCGGGCGACUUUCUAAAAUUCAUGAAACAAACAAAUGAAUUGAUUACACAAAAUUGGCAUAGACCUUAGGUUUCUAUUAUUGAAUCAAUUUGGAUACCGCAUGAAACAACAUAAGAGGGUUUUCAAUGAAGAUGAAUUCAACAAUAAAUUUGAAAACUAAUACCCAAAAUCGAAAAUUACAUGAAUUGUUUCAUCCUAUGAUACUUACUAUGAAGCAAUGAGUGUUAUCAAUCAAGUAGAACCGACAUCUUACAAUGAAGCAAUCAAGAGUGAUGAAUGUAAUAGGGCUGUAAAUGUUGAGAUACAAUCGUUAGAGGAGAAUCAGACCUGGAAUGUAUUAACAGUACCUAAGGUUAGGAAGACAAUUGGAAAUAAAUGGCACUUCAAGAUCAAGCUGAAAGCAGAUGGAAGUAGAGAGGUAUAAAGGUAGACUUGUAGUUAAAGGGUUCACGCAUAUUUAUAGACUUGAUUUCUUGGAUACAUUCUCGCUAGUAGGCAAGAUUAAUUUUGUAAAGGGAUUUACCCGUGGCAAAUGUGAAGAAUUAGAGUUUGGAACAACUUGAUGUGUCCAAUACCUUUAUACAUGGAGAAUUGAAACAAGAGGUAUACAUGAAAAUUCCUCUUGGAAUUUCAGUAUCUAACAAUAAUGGAAAACCUAUGACUUGCAUACUUAAGAAGUCAUUGUAUGGACUAAAGCAAGUCUCACGACAAUGGCUUGUAAUGCUGACAGGGUUUCUAAUGAACAACGGAUUUGUAGAAUAUGCCUAUGAUUAUUCAGUCUUCAGCAAGUGGAUACAUGGAAGAGUAGUGAUACUUCUAGUGUAUGUUGAUGAUAUAAUAAUCAUUGGUAGUGAUUCAAUAAAAGGAUAUAGAUCAAGUGAAAUUGGAUUUUAGUAAAUACUUCAAGACAAAGAUGCUAUCUAGGGUCGCUAAAAGUGUUUUAUGGAGCUGGAAAUUAUAAGAGAUUAAAAAGGAAUAAGUUUAUGUCCUACGACGAGUUACUUAAAGACAUUGGAUACUUGAAAUGAAAAAGAUGUCAGACUCUAAUAUACUGACUCGCUUCUACUGUCACUAUAGAAAAUGGCCAAGUGUAACCACCUCCUAAAGCGUAGUAUAGCGGGUUUGGGUUUUAAUGUCAACCGGGGUCCUAAAUGCGAUGACUACUCCAUGAGUUCUUAUUAUUUAGCAGUGAAACUUUAGUGAAGGUCCAAACAAGCAAACAAGUAAAGCAAGUAAAAAGGUUGUUUUCAAGUCAAGAGAGGUCACCCGGAUAUGGUUCCCCCUAGACUGCAGUUAAGCCGGAUUGUAAUUUACCAAGUUCAAUUUCAAUGAUAGUUAUACUGUGGGAGGUUCUUAAACAGUCUGUAGUCUCGACUAAAGGUCUCCAUACCCUCUCAAUCUGAGUCUCCAGCGGGCGACUAACCUCCAUCGGAGUAAACAGACUGAGGCCCUAACGAACCAAACCUCCACUAUCGAAGUAAAUUCAGUACAUAAUAGUGAAUUGACUUCUCGACUAAAGUUUCCAAUUCACUACCUUCAAUCAAGGGUGCUCUAUCAACCUAGGCAUAUAUUCUCUUUCUAGGUUAAAACAGAAACAACAGGAAUUUGAUCACGAUUCAUGCCAUUCAACAAAUCAAACCUCAAUUGAACA